ACAUCGUCACUCUCUCUCUCCCCCUAUUUUUCUCAUCUUCUGAUCCUCUUCUCUUCUUCAACACUCACAUGGCUUCCACCGCCGCAAGUCCCGCCUUUUCACUCCUAAAGUCCACCGGCGUCGUCGCCUCCUCCGCCUCCACUCGCGCACGCGCUUCCCUUUUGCCCACUCCUUUUACCUCUGUCUCCGCACGCCCUCUCGGCUUCUCCGCCGUCCUCGAGUCCCGUCGCUUCUCCCUCCACGUCGCCUCCAAGGUUCAGUCGGUGCGCGGAAAAGGUAGCAGAGGAGUUGUUUCAAUGGCGAAGAAGAGCGUCGGGGAUCUGAGCUCCGCUGAUCUCAAGGGGAAGAAGGUUUUCGUGAGAGCUGAUCUCAAUGUACCUCUCGAUGACAAUCAGACAAUCACUGACGAUACCAGAAUCCGCGCUGCCAUUCCGACAAUCAAGUAUUUGAUCGACAAUGGCGCUAAAGUCAUCCUCUCCACUCAUCUGGGAAGGCCAAAGGGAGUCACACCAAAGUUCAGUUUGGCUCCUCUUGUCCCAAGGCUGUCUGAGCUUCUUGGUAUUGAGGUCAAGAAAGCUGACGAUUGUAUCGGCCCGGAGGUGGAAAGCUUGGUGGCUUCUCUUCCUGAAGGUGGAGUUCUCCUUCUUGAGAACGUCAGGUUUUACAAGGAAGAAGAGAAGAACGAUCCUGAGUUCGCCAAGAAGCUUGCUUCACUAGCUGAUCUCUAUGUCAAUGAUGCUUUCGGAACUGCUCACAGAGCUCAUGCUUCUACCGAGGGAGUCACAAAGUUCUUGAAGCCCUCAGUUGCUGGUUUCCUUCUGCAAAAGGAGCUGGAUUACCUUGUGGGCGCUGUUUCUAACCCAAAGAGACCAUUUGCAGCCAUCGUGGGUGGUUCCAAGGUCUCGUCCAAGAUUGGAGUUAUUGAAUCGCUUCUUGAGAAGUGUGAUAUCCUUCUUCUUGGUGGUGGAAUGAUCUUUACAUUCUACAAGGCACAAGGUCUUUCAGUUGGCUCGUCCCUUGUUGAAGAAGACAAACUUGAGUUGGCUACAUCUCUCCUUGCCAAAGCUAAGGCCAAAGGAGUCUCUCUUUUGUUGCCAACCGAUGUUGUGGUUGCUGACAAGUUCGCUCCUGAUGCCAACAGCAAGGUUGUGCCUGCAUCCGGAAUUGAGGACGGAUGGAUGGGAUUGGAUAUCGGUCCAGAUUCUAUAAAAACUUUCAACGAAGCUCUGGACACAACACAGACAGUGAUUUGGAAUGGACCUAUGGGAGUUUUCGAGAUGGAAAAGUUUGCAGCUGGAACAGAGGCGGUUGCGAAUAAACUAGCAGAGCUAAGUGAAAAGGGAGUGACAACGAUAAUAGGAGGAGGAGACUCAGUGGCUGCAGUGGAGAAGGUAGGAGUUGCAGGAGUGAUGAGUCACAUCUCCACUGGUGGUGGAGCAAGCUUGGAGCUCUUGGAAGGCAAAGUACUUCCCGGUGUGAUCGCCCUUGAUGAAGCGAUCACAGUCACCGUUUAAAACUCACCAUUUUCAUGAGGCAAAUGCUGUAUACUUGUGAGUUUCUUUUGCUGUAAAUCUACCUAUCCAGAACUUGACUUUUUAUUCACUACUUUUGGGCCAAAGAUUCAUUCCCCGGAAGAGAAACUCAUAUAUUAAAAUUCUGAAUAAAAUAACAAAAGGUAAGAAAAAA